CCACUCGCGCAGCCUGAAACUAGUUUGGAGAGUUGAAGGUUUUGGUUUCGCGACAGCUGGACUUUCGCAACUACAGGAUUAAAAGGGCUGGAAGACGUGUUACCGCGACGGAAAGCCUUAAUCCACUGAGUCAAGAUGCUGAAUAUGUGGAAAGUUAGAGAGCUGGUUGACAAAGCAACCAAUGUUGUUAUGAACUAUUCAGAAACUGAAUCUAAGGUUCGAGAGGCCACAAACGACGACCCAUGGGGACCCUCUGGCCAGCUAAUGGGAGAAAUAGCCAAAGCUACAUUCAUGUAUGAGCAGUUUCCAGAGGUAAUGAACAUGCUGUGGUACCGAAUGCUGAAGGACAACAAGAAAAACUGGCGGAGAGUUUACAAGUCGUUACUGCUGCUGGGUUACCUGGUGCGAAACGGAUCUGAGCGGGUGGUCACCAGCACACGAGAGCACCUGUAUGACCUGCGCUCCAUUGAGAGCUAUCACUUUAUAGAUGAGAAUGGGAAGGACCAAGGCAUCAACGUGCGGCAGAAGGUAAAAGAGAUGGUGGAGUUUGUGCAAGACGAUGACAGGCUGAGAGAAGAGAGGAAGAAGGCCAAGAAAAACAGGGACAAAUAUAUUGGCGUGUCCUCUGAUAGCAUGGGGGACUUCAGAUACGCUGGCGACAGGUACGAGUCACGCUCCAAGUGGGAUGAUGACUGGGAGAGCAAUAAGGGCGCUUUCCCGUUUAGUGAGAAACUGGGAGAGAUCAGUGACAAGAUUGGCAGCACAAUUAACGACACUAUAAACACGUUCCGCAGGAAAGACAGAGAUGACUCGCCAGACAGAUUCAGUGAGACAGAGGAGGACAGAAACAGAGAUUUCCGAAACAGGCAGUCAGGCAGGACUGAAUUCAAAGAUGAAGAGGAGACAGUGACAACCAAAAGUGUUCAGAUCGUUCAGGCCACCGAGACUACUGCCACGCGAAAGAAAGGAGCCACUCCAUCAAAAACCAUAGACCUGGGGGCAGCUGCCCAUUACACUGGAGAUGUGCCUGCCACAAACACAAAUGCCACCAAGCAGCCAACUGUCUCAGGUACAAGUCAGUCCAGUGGUGGUCUGGUGGACUUGUUUAUGGCAGAUGCCACACCCAUGAAGCCAGCUUCCACAGGUUCAAGCUCAGACCUGUUUGGAGGCUUUGCAGAUUUCUCCUCACCUGCAGCUUCAGCCAGUCUUCCAUCAGCAGCUGCCCCAGCAUCUAGUGGUAACGCAGACUUUGGGGACUGGAACGCGUUUUCAGAUGUGCAGCCAGCCCCUCCGCCUGUGAAUCCUGCAGCAACAGACCUGUUUGCACCUGCUCCUGCCUCAGCAGUGCCCUCUGCUGACCUCUUUGACCUCAUGGGUCCUUCUGUCAGCACCAACAUCAGUGCUUCCCAAAGCAUAAACUUCUCUAUGACCUGCACUCAAAGCCCGGGCAUGCCCAUAUCCAAGUCUCAGCCUCUGCAGAGUAUGGGGACUCCACUGAUGCCUCAGCAGUCUGUACAAAAGCAAGAAGCCAAGAAGACCUCCAUGCCAUCCACUUGGUCUGAUUCCAAUGUCAACAUCAGUCUGGACUACCUGGGUCCUGGCAUGCAGCCUCCCAGACCAACUCAGCCCACACUCAACAUGAUGCAGCAGCAUGGAGUUCAAGUCCCCGUCAACAUGAUGACACAGGGUUUUGCUGGCAUGAAUCUUGGCAUGCAGCCCAGCUCUGCCCCUGUGCGACCCCCAACUAACCCCAUGAUGGGAAACAUGGGCAUGCCACCUGCCAUGGGAGGCGGUGCUGUGGGCGUAACUCCUAUGGGAGGCAUGCCACUCAAUCAGGGCAUGAUGGGAAUGAACAUGAACAUGGGAAUGCCAGGAGCUGUUGGCAUGGGGAUGGGAAUGUCCGUGCCAGUCAUGAGUAUGAGCUCUGCCAUGGCACAACAGAAGCACGAUGCCUUUGCUGACUUUGCCAACUUUGGCAAAUGAAUAGGAGAGAUGGAGGCUGUACGCUAGGACAAUCUUUCUGGAAGGGAGGAGCAUGAAGGAUUUUUUAAAGAGCUGCAAACAAAGAGUACUUGAAAGAUGUCGAUUAUGGCCGCCCAGAUUUCUAUUGUUCCUUACACAAUACUGAUGUGUAAAAGGGUGAAUUUAAUCAGUCUGGCCCAGGAGCCACAUGGACAGUGGUUUGGCUUUGUAUAACAGAGAAAUAUGUGAUUGCACUUCCACUUAACAUUGCUUUAAAUUUUGAAAGAAUCUUCAGGAUCACGUAUAUAUAAAUGUAAUGACAUUGACUGGCCGCAAAUACUAUUCUCACUCCUUUAUGUCCUUACUGAGGAUUGUUCGAUUUGUCUGAUCUGAAGUUAUUCCCUGUCCUUUCCAUUCUCUUAUACAUAACCUUGUAAAUAUUAUUGAAAAUGGACAUAAGUUAUUUAAAUAUGAGAUUAUUAAAUGAAAUAUUAAUAAUGAGAUGUUUCAAAUUAUGUGAAUCAGUGCAGAACUAUAGCAAGCCGGAGCAAGUGAGAAUCAUGUUAAGAGCAACCGCUGUGGCCUUUGGAAUGGGAAUAUAUUUUUAUAGAAAUAUGAUCUGUUUUGCAUUUUUCUGUGAAUGUACAUCAGUCACACACAGAGGCUUUGGUCAUUCAAUGUCCUUACAUACACAGUGCCUAUCAACCUGUUGCCUAUACCUUUUUCUCUUGAAAAUUUCUUAAGACGAUAUGAGAUUACAGUAUUUAUGACAGUACUGUAGACAUCUGAGCAUAUAUGUAUGCACGAUUUAUUUUUUUUUAUCUGUUUAUUCCCUCAUUUUCACUGCAUGGCUAGUGUGAAUGAUUAAAAUGUUUUUUUUUUUGUUUGUUUUAUGUUUUCUGAACCUGAUAGGAUUAAGUCUGUUCGUUAUGCAAGUGAUAAUGAGCGAGUUGGGUUGAGGCUGUAUACUGAGAUGAGUGAGGUUCACUGUGCUGUUCUGCUCACCGAGUGGAAUGUUGUAUCUUUAAGACUAUCUCUGUUUUGUCAGGAGCAGGGACUCGAACUGAAGCCUUCCCUCCUGUUCAGAAGCAGCACACGCACACACACACAAUGACCAAAUUCUGCCUUCUCUCUUCUCUUUUUUCCAAGGGAUUGACAUGUCUUUUUUUUUUAUAGUCUGUUAGAGUAUGUGUAAGAUUGGGGUAUCAUGUAUAGGGGCUAUGGAUCUUUACUGAAAAACACUAUACUUUUUAUGCAAAACUCAACCAACAAAACAUCCCUUCUUCUAAGUGUAUGUCCUCACAUCCAUACACUGAUUUGAUUGUACCCAUGGUCUUUUAUGUGAGAGAUUAAAGAGUUGAUUUUCAUGUGGA